AGAAAUCUUAUUGACCCAAAACAAUGCACAGACUUUGUUUCUGGGACCCCGCCGAUUUCGCUUUCUAAUGCACCUAUAUAAUGCACCUAUGAGAAAUGUGAGGAAUGACAAGUUCAUAGCAGGCGCAUGAGAUGGGCCCUGAGACUUUUAUAAGAUCAGACGACAAGUGCAAUUCUUUGUAUUUUUCUCUACAGAAAGGGAAAUUUAUUUAUACAAUGAAGAAUAGCACGUAAUCUACGAUUUAUUUAAAGGAAUAUUGUCCUUGUAUAGGAAUUUGUCCUCGUAGAUAAGGAAAGCGGAAAACACAACCCAGAAUAUGAAAUUAGGGGCUAUAAAUAAGUUGGAAAAGUGCAUUAUUUAUAUGGAGACUUUCUACGAAAUCUACGUAACAGUAAACUCAAGAUUAAAAGGGAUUACACAGCCUAAAUGCAAUCAUUACAAAAUUAUUGCGAAAAAGCAGUUCUUGGAAUGCAAACAAAAUAAUUGUUGAUUUUACACAUUUUAAGUUUAUGAUUAGUGCAAAAACGAGUAUAAAUAUGGUUCGAAUGCUGAGCUAAUUAUCAGUUUCGAGUUUGACAGCCAAGCCUGCAAUAUGAAUCCUAUAAUUUAUUUGAGCUGCCUAGUGGUUUUUUCCGUAUUUUUGCUGGGAAGAGUAAAUGCAGAAAACGACGACGAAUUCGAUACAGAAAAGCAGCGCUUACUUCGCGUGUACGGUGAUUCUACGGUUGAUGAUGCCACCAGAUACAGGAACGUCGACGACCUGGUCAGAUUCUACGACAAGUACGCCACUCUCCUUCCUUUGAAACCGCAUUUAACAGACCGCGCCCAGGAUCUCUUGAGGAGGUACAAGGAGGAAGUCAGUCGUGUGGUUUUGGUGGAUGGUACUCCGGCUCAAGGCGGAUUCUGGUUGCCCCUGGUGAAGCUACUCAUCGUCCAGCUGGGCGUUGAAAUUGCCUCCGAGGGAUUCAAGCGUGCUAUUGGAGAGUAAUCAUCCACUGUGAAUCAAAUCCUAUUGGAAGUUUAUUCAAUAACAUGUGAAAAAUUUAAAUAAACUUUUUU